CAAUGGCGGCUCCGAGCCCGAGCGGCGGUAGCGGUAGCGGCUCUCCCGGCGCCGUAGGGUCCCCCGGGCCAGGCCACACGGCCGUCAGCAGCAUGCAGGGCUUUCAGAUAAACUUCUGUGAAAAGGCACAAAGUAAACGUAAAGCACUGAAGCUGAAUUUUGCAAAUCCACCUUUCAAAUCUACAGCACGGUUUACCCUGAAUCCUUCAGGAGUCCAAAACCCACACAUAGAGAGACUGAGAACACACAGCAUUGAAUCAUCAGGAAAACUGAAGAUCUCCCCUGAACAGCACUGGGAUUUCACUGCAGAGGACUUGAAAGACCUUGGAGAAAUUGGACGAGGAGCUUAUGGUUCUGUCAACAAAAUGGUCCACAAACCAAGUGGGCAAAUAAUGGCAGUUAAAAGAAUUCGGUCUACAGUGGAUGAAAAAGAACAAAAACAGCUACUUAUGGACUUGGAUGUGGUGAUGCGGAGUAGUGAUUGCCCUUAUAUUGUUCAAUUUUAUGGAGCACUCUUCAGAGAGGGUGACUGUUGGAUCUGUAUGGAACUCAUGUCUACCUCGUUUGACAAGUUUUACAAAUAUGUAUAUAGUGUAUUAGAUGAUGUUAUUCCAGAAGAAAUUUUAGGCAAAAUCACUUUAGCAACUGUGAAAGCACUAAACCACUUAAAAGAAAACUUGAAAAUUAUUCACAGAGACAUUAAACCUUCUAAUAUUCUUCUGGAUAGAAGUGGAAAUAUUAAACUUUGCGAUUUUGGUAUUAGUGGACAACUUGUGGACUCUAUUGCCAAAACAAGAGAUGCUGGGUGCAGGCCAUACAUGGCACCUGAAAGGAUAGAUCCAAGUGCAUCGAGGCAAGGAUACGAUGUCCGUUCCGAUGUAUGGAGUCUGGGGAUCACACUGUAUGAGCUGGCUACGGGCCGAUUCCCUUACCCAAAAUGGAACAGCGUUUUUGAUCAGCUGACACAAGUAGUAAAAGGAGACCCCCCACAGCUGAGUAAUUCCGAGGAAAGGGAAUUUUCCCCAAGCUUCAUUAACUUUGUCAACUUGUGCCUUACAAAGGAUGAAUCCAAAAGGCCAAAGUAUAAAGAACUUCUGAAACAUCCCUUUAUUUUGAUGUAUGAAGAACGCACAGUGGAGGUUGCAUGCUACGUUUGUAAAAUCCUGGAUCAAAUGCCAGCAACUCCCACCUCUCCCAUGUAUGUUGAUUGAUAUUGCUGCUACGUCAAACUCUAGAAAAAGGGCUGAGAGGAAGCAAGAUGUAAAGAAUUUUCAUCCAUCACAGUGUUUUUAUUGCUUGCCCAGACACCAUGUGCAAUAAGAUUGGUGUUCAUUUCCAUCAUGUCUGUAUACUCUUGUCACAUAGAAAGUGCAUCCCUAUAAUAUCUGAUUGCUCACACAAUAUUAGUGCUGGUCAGAGAGACCUCAUCCUGCCCUUUUGUGAUGAGCGGAUUCAUGAUUUGUGGAAGUCAGUAUAUUUGAUUUAUUGACAGUGAUUGGGUUGCAUUUUAAAUUCAUUUCUAGACUCAAAACUUGGAGAUGUAGCUACUAGAAUGAUGUUCUUAAAUUCCCACAUGUUUUAAGAAGGAGGCAACAUAGGUGUGCCAUAUGCAAAUGUAGAGAUGUAGGACUGAAUGAGAAGAACUGACAAGACCAAUGGGACAUAGCGCCUUCUGAAAUUGAACAACAAAAGAGGAAUUUAUUUUCUUCACUAAGUGCAAUAGAUUUACUGAUUUGAUGUUCUGUUGCUUUACAGUCACCGUGUAUGUUCUGGGGAUAGUGUACUCAACUGAAUUUCCUGUUCGUAAAAUAUAUUAAAUUAGAGUGACUGUCUUUACCAAAAACAAUGUUGAGUUGAAAGGGACUAACAUUAAAAUCCUGAGACAGGACAGAGAUGUGUUCUUUUUCUCCUUUCCCAAUAUAACCUUUCUUCAUUGGGAAGAUCCAGGACCCUGCCACUUGUCAGAGAAGGUGCUAACCCAAAGAAUCUUUGGUUUAUUAGAAUUCAGUGUGCUGCCAAAAUGAUGUUCCACCUACCACAAACCCCCAGAACUCUGAAAGAAGAGAAAAUAGUAUAAAGGACAAAGUUGAACAACAACAAAAAAAAUCCUAAGGCUUUCUCCCAGGGAACUUAGAGUGAGACUCCAUUUCUGAUUCUCCUUUGUUCCAGACCUGAUACUUUUCCAGACAUAAUGUAGUUCUAGAAGAAAGAAACAAAUUUCUUUGGUUGAUUUAGGUAGAAGUUUGUUUCCUACAAACAGCCCAAGAUUUGCUUCUGGUCCAGAGCUUCAGUUCCUGAAAUAUUCACUUAAUGUGCUGUCUAUGGUUGCUCUAUUAUCAUUUGCUUAAUCUGCUAUUCGAAUCUUUUAUCUUGUGUGAAUUUUAUUUGCUCAAAAUCCCUAAAAAUAACCUUUAGCCCCAAAUAUGUCUUGUGAUAUAGUUUAAUAUUAUAGAGAUUAGGAAAUAUGGCACACUGGAUAAGUGUGAUAAUAGAAUUAGAGGUAAAUUGGGCCAGAAGCUGAUUUGAAAUGGCUUCCUAGAAUUGGAAUUCUUCAUGGAUAAGAAAAGUCCAAGGAUGGAAAGUAUCAGAAAGCCAUUUAAGUUUCCUGCCUUUUUGCUAACAGGUAUCAGCCAGGACCUCUUUAGGUGACAGCUAUGUACCUUCUUUCUAUCCUGGAUCACUAAAAGUUAGAUUGCGUGUAGCAAAAUUAUUAUGCAUGGUUAGAGGCAUGUUAGGGUAUGUAUUAGACAUGAUCAAGUCUAUAGGGGAUAUACCAUUACAGAAUUAAAUGAUGGCAGCAAUUGUUCAUUCUCCCAGGGCUUGUGAUGGACAUUAAUAUUAGAAAAUGGAACAAUAAAGAAAGAA